UUUUAAAUGGACUGAUUUUGCAAAACUUCCCCCAAAAAUGCCUCUUUGGGUGUUUCCUUAUUAUAACGUUUAGCCUCCCUCCCUUGCCAGAACUCGGUGUUACAGAUGAUGGUCUCCGGGGGAAGCUCCAUGUGACGCUCUCUUCUUGGUCAGGUUGAGAAUUGGACUUUGACUUUGAUUCAGUGACUUCAAGGUGGCCAAAACAAGCACACACCAUCACCCCUCCACCACUAUUAAGAAUGGAGAAACCUACUGAGUAUAAACAGAUGGACAAUUCAACUCAAGAGGCUUCACCAACAGAUGGUCCUCUAAAGUGUGAGUCAGAACUCAAAUCUAAACUAAAGAGGGAGCUCCGGUGUGUAUUUGAGGCGAGCACCAAAGGAGAAAGCCCAACCCUUCUGAAUCUGAUAUACACAGAUCUGUAUAUCAUAGAGGGAGGGACUGCAGAGGUCACUGAUGAACAUGAGCUCAGACAGAUUGAAAUGGCAUCCAGGAAAUCAGACAGGCAAGAAAAAACAGUCAGACAAGACAAGAUCUUUAAAGGCUCACCUGGAAGAGAAGAACCAAUCAGAACAGUGCUGACAAAGGGAGUGGCUGGCAUUGGGAAAACAGUCUUAACACAAAAAUACACUCUUGACUGGGCUGAAGACAAAGCCAACCAGGACAUCCAGUUCAUGUUUCUGUUCACUUUCAGAGAGCUGAAUCUUUUGAAAGAGAAAACUUUCAGCUUGGUGGAACUUGUUCAUCACUUCUUUACUGAAACCAAAGAAGCAGGAAUCUGCAGCUUUGAAGACUUCCAGGUUGUGUUCAUCUUUGAUGGUCUGGAUGAGUGUCGACUUCCUCUGGACUUCAACAACACCAAGAUCCUGACUGACCCUAGAGAGUCCACCUCAGUUCAUUUGCUGCUGAUAAACCUAGUUAAGGGCCAUUUACUUCCCUCUGCCCAUGUCUGGAUAACCACACGACCUGCAGCAGCCAAUCAGAUCCCUGCUCAGUUUGUUGACAUAGUGACAGAGAUCAGGGGGUUCAAUGACCGACAGAAGGAUGAAUAUUUCUGGAAGAGAUUCAGAGAUGAGGAGCAGGCCAGUAUUAUAAUUUCCCACAUCUUGUUAUCAGAAAACCUUCACAUCAUGUGCCGCAUCCCAGUUUUCUGCUGGAUCACUGCUACAGUUCUGGAUUCUCUUACAAUAAAUAAUGAGAGCAGUGAUCUGCCUAAAAGCCUCACAGAGCUGUACAUCCACUUCAUGAUGGUGCAAGUCCAAUUGAAGAAGGUCAAGGAUGAAGGAUCGGAGACAGAUCCACCCUGGAGUCCAGACAGCAGGAAGAUGAUUGAGUCUCUGGGAAAACUGGCUUUUCAUCAGCUACAGAAAAGAAACCUGAUCUUCUAUGAAUCAGACCUGACAGAGUGUGGCAUCGAUAUCAGAGCAGCCUCAGUGUACUCAGGAGUGUUCACACAGAUCUUUAAAGAGGAGAGAGGACUGUACCAGGACAAGGUGUUCUGCUUUGUCCAUCUGAGUGUUCAGGAGUUUCUGGCUGCUCUUCAUGUCCAUCUGACCUUCAUCAACUCCGGAGUAAAUCUGCUGGAAGAAAAGAAAUCUUGGUCAUUUAAACUGUUUGGAAUUAAACACAAGCAAAAAGUCUUCUACCAGUGUGCUGUAGACAAGGCCUUACAGAGUCCAAAUGGACACCUGGACUUGUUUCUUCGUUUCCUCCUGGGUCUUUCACUUCAGACAAAUCAGACUCUCCUACGAGGCCUGCUGACACAGACAGGAAGUAGCUCACAGACCAAUCAGGAAACAGUUCAGUACAUCAAGAAGAAGCUCAAUGAGAACCUGUCCACAGAGAAAAGCCUCAACCUGUUUCACUGUUUGAAUGAACUGAAUGAUUGUUCUCUAGUGGUUGAGAUCCAGCAGUACCUGAGUUCAGGAAGUCUCUCUACAGAUGAACUGUCUCCUGCUCAGUGGUCAGCUCUAGUCUUCAUCUUACUGUCAUCAGAAAAAGAUCUGGAUGUUUUUGACCUGAAGAAAUACUCUGCUUCAGAGGAAGCUCUUCUGAGGCUGCUGCCUGUGGUCAAAGCCUCCAAAAAAGUCAUACUGAAUGACUGUCAGCUCUCAGAGAAAAGCUGUGAAGCUCUGUCUUUAGUUUUCAGCUCCCAGUCCAACAGUGUGAGAGAGCUGGACCUGAGCAACAAUGACCUGAAGGAUUCAGGAGUGAAGCUGCUGUCUGUUGGAGUGAAAAAUCCACGCUGUAAACUAGAAACUCUCAGUCUGUCGGGCUGCCUGAUCACAGAGCAAGGCUGUACUUAUCUGGCCUCAGCUCUGAGCUCCAAUCCCUCCCGUUUGAAAGAGCUGAACCUAAGCUACAAUCAUCCAGGUGACUCUGGCACGAGGAUGCUAUCAGCAUUACAGAAUGAUCCACAGUGGAGGCUGGAAGUUCUCAGGGUGGAGCCUGCUGGAGUCCAAUGGUUGAGACCAGGUCUGAGGAAGUAUUCCUGUCAACUCACAAUUGACACAAACACAGUACACAAGAAUCUUAAGCUGUCUGACAACAACAGGAAGGUGGCACAUGUGGAGGAGGUUCAAUCAUAUCCUGAUCAUCCAGACAGAUUUUACUUCUAUCAUCAGCUGCUCUGUAGAAAUGAUCUGACUGGUCGUUGUUACUGGGAGGUCAAGUGUAGAGGAACCGUUAAUGUAGCAGUGAUUUACAAAGCUGGAAGGAUACAAGAUGAUUUUGAAUAUGUUUUUGGAGUUAAUGACCAGUCCUGGAGUCUGCUCUUCUCUGAUGAUGCUCCUCGUUCUGUAUGUCACAGUAAAAAAGAAAUGUCCAUCUCCUCCUCCUCCGUCUCUAACACUGUAGCAGUGUAUGUGGACUGUCCUGCUGGCACUCUGUCCUUCUACAGAGUCUCCUCUGACACUCUGAUCCACCUCCACACCUUCAACACCACAUUCACUGAACAUCUUUAUCCUGGAUUUACACUCUGGUCUCCUGGUUCCUCAGUCAGUCUGUGUGAAGUUUAGCACACCUGGAUAUUCAUCUGAUUGGUGUAGUAUAUCAAUCAGAAACAUGUUUUCAGACACAUGGAUAAAUUAAGUUUUAAACAAUGACUCUUUGUCAACUUCUUUGUCUUUAGUCCUUUUAAGAUGGAAGCUGGGAUUAUUUCAUGAAGCAGAUUUUGUUUUGUCCUUUUUUCACUCAAACCUUCACAGUGAAUAUUAUUAUGUAGCGUUUUUUAUGAAUCUGAGUCAAGAACCAGCUCCUCUGCAUCUUAGACAAGCCUGAGCUUAUUCAUUGUUGUUGUUGUUGUCGUUGUUGUUUGCUAUUUCUUUUUUUUAAAAAAUUCAUUUUCAACUUCUCCACAUAUUAUUACUGUUAUUGAAGCAGGACAGGAAUUAAGGGAGAUUUUCACAAUAAGAGGACAUUUUGGGUUUUGUUUUUAUUUUCUCCCAAAUAAUGACAACCAGUCUGUGUGGAUGUUCCAUGACUAAAUAAACGGACAUUCAACAAUU